AUGCAUGCCCCAUAUAUGGGUGAUGUGGACGUUUUGCAGGUGAGAAAAAUCGUGGACGACGAGCAAGUGUCUCACGUCGACCCGAACAUCAUCCAGCAACCAAACAUCUCCGCGGAGAAGCUUUCCAGGAUGUGGGCUACGGCAAAGGCGAAGUGGAACCAGCCUUAUGCCAACUGGAAGAGUGAAUCCGGCAACAACCAGCCAUGGCUUUCAUUUUGUCAAGGUAAGGGAUGGGUGGAGUGGGGCUGGGUACAAAAUAGCGUCUGUUUACUCGAGGAACCUUGGGCGAUUUUGUGGUCGUGGCAUAAAUUUCGCCCAUCCUCCUUCACAGCGUGCAAGUGCUGCUACGGUCGGAGUUUUGAUGUUAUACUUGGAGUUCUCGACAGUGUUGUAAACCGUGCUCCAGGAAUGACGUUGGCAUUGAGGCCUGAUAAUGUAUUUUGAAGGACGACCAAAGACCAUACCAAUUGGUC